AUGAGAAGAAAGAGUGAAGAACAAAUCACGCAGAAAGUAGAGCCCGAUAUAUCUCUUUCUUCCCGAUCUCUCUCUCUCUCUCUCUCUCUCUCUCUCUCUCUCGCUCUGUACUCUUUAUGUGUUCUUCGUUGCUGCUCAAGAGGUAGCGUUAGAUCUGGAGAUCUGACAGUAGUUCGAGAAAAUCGCCCGGAAAAUGAUGGGAUCUCUUGGGCAAUUCGGGGGAUUCAAGAUCUGGGUUUUGCUGGUUUUGUCUGUGUUUUCUCAACUGGGGGUGUCUUUUUACCUGCCGGGGAGUUACCCUCACAAGUAUGGGAUCGGGGACACCUUGUCCGUGAAGGUGAACUCGCUAACUUCGAUCGACACCGAGAUUCCGUAUAGCUACUAUAGCCUCCCCUUCUGCCAGCCCCCGGAGGGCGUCAAGGACAGCGCCGAGAAUCUCGGCGAGCUCCUCAUGGGGGACCGGAUUGAGAACUCGCCGUACCGCUUCAAGAUGUACACGAAUGAGACGAAGGUCUUCUUGUGCGCCACUCCUCCCUUGUCGGGCGAUACCUUCAAGAUCUUGAAGGAGAGGAUCGACGAGAUGUACCAGGUCAAUCUCAUCCUCGACAAUCUCCCUGCGAUUCGGUACACCAAGAAGGAAGGGUAUUUUCUCCGGUGGACAGGGUACCCUGUUGGGAUCAAGGUCCAGGAUGUUUACUAUGUAUUCAACCACUUGAAGUUCACGGUUUUGGUCCACAAGUAUGAGGAGGCAAACGUUGCCCGUGUUAUGGGCACUGGAGAUGCCGCUGAGGUGAUCCCCACGAUCGGGAAUGGCGGAACUGAGGUUCCAGGUUACAUGGUUGUUGGGUUUGAGAUUGUCCCCUGUAGUAUCAAUCACAAUGCUGAUUCGGUCAAGGGCAAGAAGAUGUACGAUAAGUUCCCUUCCUCGAUAAAGUGUGACCCCACCACCGUCUCAAUGGCAAUCAAAGAGGGCCAGCCUAUUGUAUUUACUUAUGAGGUCACCUUUGAGGAGAGCGACAUCAAGUGGCCCUCUCGAUGGGAUGCAUACCUGAAAAUGGAGGGGUCAAAGGUCCACUGGUUCUCGAUCCUAAACUCGCUCAUGGUGAUCACUUUUCUCGCUGGUAUUGUCCUGGUGAUCUUCUUGAGAACUGUGAGGCGGGAUCUGACCCGUUAUGAGGAGCUCGACAAGGAGGCGCAGGCCCAGAUGAAUGAGGAGCUAUCAGGCUGGAAACUUGUGGUUGGGGAUGUAUUCCGUGCCCCGACAAACCCAGCCCUCUUAUGCAUAAUGCUUGGUGAUGGGGUUCAAAUUCUUGGAAUGGCAGUCGUGACGAUUCUCUUUGCAGCCCUAGGGUUCAUGUCCCCUGCUUCUCGGGGAACCCUCAUCACAGGCAUGCUGUUCUUCUACAUGAUUCUGGGUGUGCUUGCCGGCUAUGUGGCAGUCCGCAUGUGGAGGACCAUUGGGUGUGGGGACCCCAAGGGUUGGGUCCCUGUGGCCUUCAAGUCCGCUUGCUUCUUCCCUGGGAUAGCCUUCACCAUCCUCACGACGCUCAACUUCCUUCUUUGGGGAAGCCACAGCACUGGGGCAAUUCCCUUCUCACUCUUCGUCAUAUUGCUCUUGCUCUGGUUCUGUAUCUCGGUCCCGCUUACCUUAAUUGGAGGAUACCUUGGGGCUAAAGCUCCUCAUAUAGAAUAUCCCGUUAGGACCAAUCAAAUCCCGAGGGAAAUCCCGGCCCAGAAAUACCCAUCUUGGUUGCUUGUCCUCGGGGCUGGAACCCUGCCCUUCGGGACCCUCUUCAUCGAGCUCUUCUUCAUCAUGUCAAGCAUCUGGAUGGGUCGGGUUUACUAUGUUUUCGGAUUCCUCUUCAUUGUGUUGGUCCUGCUGGUCGUUGUCUGUGCUGAGGUUUCUCUCGUCUUGACCUACAUGCACCUGUGUGUCGAGGACUGGAGGUGGUGGUGGAAAUCCUUCUUUGCCUCGGGAUCAGUUGCUAUCUAUAUCUUCCUAUACUCGAUAAACUACCUCGUCUUUGACCUCAAGAGCUUGAGCGGCCCAGUCUCCGCAACACUCUACUUAGGAUACUCACUCUUCAUGGUGUUUGCCAUCAUGCUUGCCACGGGGACGGUCGGGUUCCUGUCCUCCUUCUGGUUCGUCCACUACUUGUUCUCCUCAGUCAAGCUCGACUAAAGCUGCUCAAGCAUUUCGAGGGAAAUUCAGAUAAAGAGAGAGAGAGAGAGAGAGAGAGAGAGUAUAAAACAGGACAGGAUCAAUGCAAAUUGUUCUUAAUUUCUGUGAUGUAUUACUUUUACUGUUCUUGGAUGAAUUUGGUCUAGGAAAACAUAGUUGUAGCUCUGAGCCUUUUCUUUUUCUUUUUUUCCCCCCUUUUUUCUUAAGAUUUAAAUAAUUUUCUCUGUAAUUCAUGUUACAUUUUCCUAAGGGCAUUCUGGUGGAGAAAAUGGAGCCUUUUGUUUGGUUGGUGUUUA